CUGUAGUAACAAAAAAAAUAAAAAGUAAACUAGAAAUUGAAAUAGAACCCCAAAUGAAAUUUCUCUCUCUUCAAAACUCCAACUAGCGCCUGUUGUUCAUCUCCUUCGUCGGUCUGAUUUGCUUCCUCUUCUUGAAAUCGGAAACCACCAUCUCGUAGUUGUAUCACCACCUCAGAUCGGCGGAGCCGCCUCUUUUAUUUUCUUUAUUUUCAAAUUGGGGGACUUCCAACCACCACUCUCUCUCUCCCGCUGCUAUUCUUGGUGUUGACGACAGUUAAAUGGGUUUUUGGACGUUGAUUGAAGGGUUCCUGCUUUUUUCGAAUGCAUUAGCAAUACUCAACGAAGAUAGGUUCCUUACUCCAAGGGGGUUGAGUUUUGAGGCUACAACAGGCAGAAAAAAGUCGCUUAAACAACAAGCUGUUGGGCUUAUAUAUGUAGCUCAGUACUUCAGGUUGCCCCUCAUCAUCUUGAAUAUUAUCAUGAUCAUAUCAAAGCUGGUUUCUGGGUGAGGUAAUGGUAAAUGUAGUUUCAUCCAUAUUAUUCCAAUUUAACAUAGGACUUCUCGCAUCCGGAUGCUUUGUACUCAAUAUGAUAUCCAAGUUGUGUUUAUGGUGGUGUUGUAGGUUGCUUUUUGAAUCUGUCUAUUUAAUCCAAGUAGUGGAACUUGUGUAAAAAGAUAUCAUGGAUUCUAUGAGUCUUGGUUAUUUCGACCAUUGUCUGGAAUUUACACAGAUUUGAUUUUGUAAUAGAUGAUUGAUACACAUAUAUUACUAGCUACUUGAUGAUUUUACGUCUA